AUGAUGCGAAAGAAAAAGAAGCGUGUGGCGGUCACAGUCAAGAACCCGUUCAGAGAGAUAGCUUUGCCAUUCGAAGGUCGGAGGAUGUUGAUUAGUACUGAAGAUUUAACGGACGAUCAAAGUGAUGCUUAUCAAGGUGGUCUAUGCCCGUUGGUGGAAAACAGCGAAAGUGAGUCAUCUUUGCCUCAAGAACCGGAUAUCAUUUACAGGAAUUUUGAAAAGGGAUUGUCAAAGAAUGCUAAAGGCGUGAAUAUGUUCAAAGAUGAACAGAGGCGUGUAAUUAAAGGGAAUGCCUCACUCGUUCUGGACGAUGAUCUGAGUGACAACACAGAGAAACCUUGUAAUAAUGUGAUAGGAGAUAAUUCCUACACCCAUCUGCCACACACAAGAGUUAAUCACAAGAAAACGGAUAUGACUUUAGAGUUUUUCAAAAUAAUGCAAAAGAUAAACUCAAGACAAAAAAGAAACAAUUCUAAACAGACAAUUAAUAUAAAAGAACCAAAACGUAACGAGGAAACCAUGUCGCAAAAAGUUCAAAGAGCCUCACACUCUCAAGACAACAGCUUCUGCUGGGACACUACUAAUGAAACCACACACAGACACGGGAAACACCAAGAUAAAAAUAACACUCGGUUGAAGCCACAGGCUCCUAAACAAUCCACCGGUUUAGAUUUUACGCGGCAUGUUCCCUUGAAAUAUUCUGACAAAACGGAAAAUUCAAUGGAUCGUCACGAAGAACAACCGGUGCCUUGCAAAUCAGAGUCAUGCUCCAAAGAUGGUAGCAGCGACGAGGAACCUAAAACCGACAAAGCAAUACCGUACCAGAUACAAAUGAACGUUACACCGGAAGGGCGAACCCACCGGUACCUGGUUCGUCGAGUGAAGCACUUCAUGGAAAAUGAUAGCUCUAAAUACUCAUAUGUAAUUCACGUCAGUGGUGGAUCUGAUGGCGAACAAGGGGGAAGUGAGACGGAAGUUCAGAAAAGUACGAAGAAGAGAAGGGGCGAUAUUGCCAGACGGGAUAUUUUCACAAAAGAAUCUCCGAAAGCUGAUGGUUCUUGUGAAAAUGAAGACCAAAGUUUUGAGUGUGUUUCUACCGAAGGGAACAAGAGCGAUAUUAACAUCAUGUCUGAUAGUUUCAGAUGCUGCAGAAGUGAAGGUAAGGCGGAAGACGCUUUGGUUCCAGAAUGCCCUAGACGAGUGGAUAGGAUUGAUAAUGUUCCAAUUGACUGUAGCGAGGAAAGCUCGAGACAAAGAGAUAAAAGUAAGGAUAAAUCUGUCAAGACCAAGGUUUCUAAGCGUUUAAUUGACCAUCUUAAAAAAAAGGAAUCAAUGAAAGAAGAAAGGCAAACACUAUCUGUCUUAACUCUUGAUAACAAUGAUAUUUGUGAAACAGAUGCCAUUCAUCCUGUUGAAGACACGUCACAAAAUUUGUUGCGAACGCGGCACAGAAAAGAAAAGAAAAAAGAAAAUUGUUACCACAUAAAACCAGAUGAACUAAACACGGUCAUGCCUCUAACAAAUAUGUCGGAAAAAGCAAUGCACGUUCGAGAAGACAGCACAACACCCGACUGUGGUGAAGUAAAUAAUUCUGAUGUUCUGGUGGACAUCAGCACAGAAUGUAAUGAAAAGAUGAAAGAGGUGCCCUCACAGACUAGUGAAGUUUUUUCGGCUGACUUCGCUUCUGCAAAUCUAAACGAGAACAGAAAAUAUGUGAAUGAUCAUCCCGAUUCAAAACUCACAACAUAUCAGUCCGUGGACUGUCAUGGCAGACAUACCGAAACGGAAGACUCGGAGUCAGACACGACUACCGAUCCGGAAGCACACGAAGGAGAGAAAGGGUACAGCUGCUACUCCCAGACAAAUGCGCACAAGAAAUGGAAAUAUGACGACCCAGUUACUAGUACUCUGGAAGGGAAAAGAACAACUGGUUUUCGUCUUGACUUUGCAAAGUAUUAUAAGGGAAGUAAUGCAGGUAAAAGUCAUGUGGAACAUUGUCAGUUAAAGAAAGAAGACUCUGUGACACAAGGAUCGUCUCAACGGGUUAAAAAGGUUCCCGCACUGUUUAAAGGGAGCUUGAGAGCUGACAUCACUGACAAGCACAAUCUAUCGGCAGAAACAAGAGCAGAAACUAAAUCAGGUAACUUCAGUUGUAGUACUGAACACUUAAAUCAGAACCAUGUAGGGGAAUACGGACCGUGCGCUAGGAGAGAGACAACACAUAAAUACACGAAAUCACCUCAACAUACCACCACAAGCGUCAAACCUAUGUCUCACUCUGGCCGCAAGAAUAAGAUCUUUCUAGAAUCAGCUUCUAACAGCAACUCCCAGAACAUCACCGGAACCUCACUACAAGAGACAGACAACCAAGAUGAUAGAACAUUUUUACAGUCGAUAAAAUCACCAAUCUCGUCACACUCUCCUGCAAUGAACAUCGCGCUGCAAAACGAGAAUCACUCCAAUCGAAUGAAAGUUAACCGCGAAAGCUCUCUAUUUCCAACUGGAGCCGUUAAACGAAAGAGACAUCGUUCUAAAGUUCCUAAAUUUAAACAUAAAAGCCCAGAGCCUGACGUGACUGGAAUAACCACGUUUACGGAACUGAGCAAAGUAUUGCAAGAUGCCAGAGCUAACAGCAUUGUCAGAUGCACGGCGGACAAACUGCACGGUGGAGCCCCAGAAGGUUCAGAUUCUAUUUCGGCGAUAGAGUCUUGUGUUAAUUCAACUUUCAUGGGCGAGUACUUACGAUGUCUGUGGACCAACCAAUUUCUGUGUGACGUCAGAGUGACCGUUGGGGAUGAAGAAAUCUUAGUGCACAAACUGGUGUUGGCUGCAUACAGUUCCGUCUUCUGCCCUCCGACUACACGGCCAGAACCUACUGUCAGCUUUCAGAUUGAAAAGUCUACACCCGAAGCUGUCCGGCAG